UGCGGCGGCGCGGGGGGAGGGCCGGGAGGGGGGGUGGUUGGGGGGGGAUGGACCGGGCGCGGCGGCCGCAGCGGCAGGAGCCGGCGCUUGAGCUCGAGCCACGGCACUGGCGGAGACGCCGGCUGCUCCUCCCCUCCCCGCCGCAGGUGUUACUUUCUCGAGGACACACCCACAGUUAGCCCUUUCUUCAGAUGCUGAGCUUGGUGAACAGCUGCUCUUGAUCACAAGAUUUAGAAGACACAGUCUCCAUCCUCCCAGGCUGGAUCUCUUUUGAUAUGGAUCUUCUGUUUCUAUGUCUUUUUAAAAAAUAACUUUCUGGGAAAUACUUUGGAUUACAACUGUUCAUCCUCAUCUAUGCAAAGAAAGGAAAACUGUUGUGCUGAGAUUUUUGAGGAGCUUGUCCUAAAAGGAUUCCUGUACACCUUAGAAGUGCUUGAGGAAGAGUGAUAAAGGCAUGAAGCCUCCGUCUCACAGCUGCAUGUGUAGUUACUGUUGAAGCAAAUGCCUACCUAAUUUGACAGUCUUGGUGUAUUAUAAAGUUUUUGAGUUUGCAAAUAAGCGUAUUAAAUCUACUGAUGGAGCCUUCAGGCAGUGAACAGUUAUAUGAGGACCCUGAUCCUGGAGGCAAAUCCCAAGAUGCAGAGGCCAGAAAGCAGACAGAAUCAGAACAAAAGUUGUCUAAAAUGACCCACAAUGCUUUGGAGAACAUUAAUGUGAUUGGCCAAGGCUUGAAGCAUCUCUUCCAGCACCAGCGCAGGAGGUCAUCAGUGUCUCCACACGAUGUGCAACAAAUUCAGGCAGAUCCAGAACCUGAAAUGGAUCUGGAAAGCCAGAACGCAUGUGCUGAGAUUGAUGGUGUCCCCACCCACCCCACAGCUCUGAAUCGUGUCCUGCAGCAGAUCCGAGUGCCACCCAAGAUGAAGAGGGGGACGAGCUUACAUAGUAGGCGGGGCAAACCAGAGGCCCCAAAGGGAAGUCCCCAAAUCAACAGGAAAUCUGGCCAGGAGAUGGCAACUGUUAUGCAGUCAGGCCGACCCAGGUCUUCAUCCACAACUGAUGCUCCAACCAGUUCUGCUAUGAUGGAAAUAGCUUGUGCUGCUGCUGCUGCAUGUCUGCCAGGGGAUGAGGCAACUGCAGAGCGGAUCGAGCGGUUGGAAGUAAGCAGCCUCGCCCAGACUUCCAGUGCAGUGGCCUCCAGCACCGAUGGCAGCAUCCACACAGACUCUGUGGAUGGAACACCAGACCCUCAGCGCACAAAGGCUGCGAUUGCUCACCUGCAGCAGAAAAUCCUGAAGCUCACAGAACAGAUCAAGAUUGCACAAACAGCCAGGGACGACAACGUUGCUGAGUACUUAAAGCUUGCCAACAGUGCAGACAAGCAGCAGGCUGCCCGCAUCAAGCAGGUCUUUGAGAAGAAGAACCAGAAAUCUGCCCAAACCAUCCUCCAGCUACAAAAGAAGCUUGAGCACUACCACAGAAAGCUCCGAGAGGUGGAGCAGAAUGGGAUUCCCCGGCAGCCGAAGGAUGUCUUCAGGGACAUGCACCAAGGUCUGAAGGAUGUGGGAGCAAAGGUGACUGGCUUCAGCGAAGGUGUGGUGGACAGUGUCAAAGGUGGACUUUCUAGCUUCUCCCAAGCGACCCAUUCGGCAGCAGGGGCUGUAGUCUCAAAACCCAGAGAGAUUGCCUCACUAAUUCGGAAUAAAUUUGGCAGUGCAGACAAUAUCCCUAACCUGAAGGACUCUUUAGAGGAAGGGCAAGUGGAUGAUGGGGGAAAGGGUUUGGGGGUGAUUUCAAACUUUCAAUCAAGCCCAAAAUAUGGUAGUGAGGAAGAUUGUUCUAGUGCCACUUCAGGCUCAGUGGGAGCCAACAGCACCACUGGAGGCAUUGCUGUAGGAGCGUCCAGCUCCAAAACAAACACCCUGGACAUGCAGAGCUCAGGAUUUGAUGCACUACUACAUGAGAUCCAGGAGAUCCGGGAAACACAGGCCAGACUAGAGGAAUCCUUUGAGACUCUCAAGGAACAUUAUCAGAGAGACUAUUCAUUAAUAAUGCAGGCCUUACAAGAGGAGCGAUAUAGAUGUGAACGAUUAGAAGAACAACUAAAUGACCUAACGGAACUCCAUCAGAAUGAAAUCUUAAACUUGAAGCAGGAGUUGGCCAGCAUGGAAGAGAAAAUUGCAUAUCAGUCCUAUGAACGGGCCCGGGACAUCCAGGAGGCCCUGGAGGCGUGCCAGACCCGCAUCUCCAAGAUGGAGCUGCAGCAGCAGCAGCAGCAGGUGGUACAGCUGGAAGGGCUGGAGAAUGCGACUGCCCGGAACCUUCUGGGCAAACUCAUCAACAUCCUUCUGGCAGUCAUGGCGGUCCUUUUGGUCUUUGUCUCCACGGUAGCCAACUGCGUGGUUCCUCUCAUGAAAACUCGCAACAGGACGUUCAGCACUUUAUUCCUUGUGGUUUUCAUUGCCUUUCUCUGGAAGCACUGGGAUGCCCUCUUCAGCUAUGUGGAACGGUUCUUCUCCUCCCCCAGAUGAUGCUGGCACAAGAAAGCAGUGCUCCCCUACCCUCUGGCGAGUGCAUGCAGCGAAGAAUUAGACAGCAACUUACCUACUCUGAAGUUUUCUACAACAACAAAAGAGUUGAGUGAAUCUGUUUACAUUUAGAAUAAUGUUUUUUUCUUCAAGAGACGCAAUUGCAAUAGUAUUUUUUAGAUUUUAUCCAAGAAGUUUUUUGGGCAAAAAUCUUGGAUCAUUUUUAUGUAGCAUGAUUUUCCUUGGGAUGCAAAUCUUAAACAGUCCUUUACUAUGAACCAACAAUCUGGAGCACACUGAAGGGCAUUCUAAAUUGUGGCUUGAAGGACUGCACUAAAACCCACUAAAAAGAUGCAAAAACCUUAUUAGGGGAAACCAAUUAAACCUAACACCCUGCCUCGUCUGGGCUCACCACCUCUCCCCCUCCCAGACUAACUUUACUGUGAAAUCCUGCCACAUUCCAUGUCUGAAUUUUUGGAUUCAGGGUGGAUUGUCCUUGUCCGUGGAAGAACACAUGGAUGUCUCCCUGGCUUUCUCACCCAAGUUGGCCACUCAUGCUAACCCUGGAAGUAUGAUCACUUUUGAACCUGGUCCCUUAACCUUUGCUAGGAUACAAAAGUGAGAGCAUCAUGCCCCCAAAGGAUCACUGCAAAGCCCUACUACAGUAUUUUGAAGUAGCCCUCUAAAUACUUAAUUUGAAGCAAAAUCCCUUGGCCGCACUUUUAAGGUUUUUUUAAAUAUGUGUAUAGUCACCAACUUAAAAAAACAAAAAAUCCGAACAGCAUACUUGAAGAAUGUAAUACUCAAACUCUCAGUGCUUCCUUAUGGUUUCUAAUAGGAUUUUUUAUUAUUGUUAUUAUUAUUAUUGGGUUUUUUUGGAAAGGGUUGGGAGGGUCUUUUAUUUUUCCUUUGAAAUAAAGAAGUGAUGUUUUUAAAUGAAGAAAUGUGUGGAUAUUUAAGUGUGCUGCUCCCUCUUGUCUUGAAACAGUUUGAGUAAGGGAAGACUUGCUAUAAAUGCUUUCCUCUGAAGCCCUUGUUUUGAGAUGCAGCUUAGACUCCCUCCUCUGGCUCCUGCUGCUCUUUGGUGUCCUGCCACCCCCACCUGCCACUUCAUGGGCUUGGCUUGGUUGGAGAGGAAAGGGGUGUGCAGGGAGAGCAGGAGGCUGUUUCCACAAACCAGCAUGAUAGGAUAGAGAUUUUUUUUGCCCCAAGAAAAUGUUCACCCAGUGACUUUGGACUGGGAUCGAUUGUCUUGAGGAAGAAUUGAGACUAUAUUAUGAGAGUCAUACAUAAUUCCUUGUGUUUCCUUAAUUUAUUUUUAACACCCCCUGAUUACUGAAACCAAAGUGAUGUGGAAUCUUUCGUCUGCAUUUUGGCCACAGCAUCCUUAAUUUCAAAGCUUUAUUCUGUCUGCCUGAGAGAAUCAACUGAAGGUGAUUCUCCCUAAAGAACAGAAAAGGAUCUGUCAGGUUAGAAGGACCCAAGUUUGGGGUGUAAAUUGUUAUCCACUUCCUAUUCAUCUAGACUGACUUACUAACAUACCUAUGCUCAGUGGACUUUUAUAGACAGUUUAGAAAAAAAGGACUGAGCCUUCUUCCCCAUGCUGUAACCAGUUCUACCAGGAUGGAACUGGGCUUUUAGAGCAUAUCUAGAAAGCUUGGUUAAUCUUUCCAUAUUCAUAGUAUUGAAUCCCAAAUGCUGUUCCGUCUUGGCCUCAGUUCUGUGCAACCAAGUGAUGAGCAAGGGGCACAUAAUAGCCCUGAAGAGAAUAGCAAAGCAUGCUUUGCCUAUUCUUCCCACACCAGGAAAUUCUUUUGGAACUAGGUUAGCAUUGCCUUCUCUGUCUGAGGGGAUGGUUUACAUGACAGCUCCAGCCUCCUGUGGCUUUGGCAGGCUGGCCUUCUCAGAGUCAGCAUGUUGUUUCCAUAAUCAUUUUGAUAUUUUAACUCAGGUACCCCAAUCUUCACUCCAUCCCCAGAUGAUUGUAGUACAACCUGUUAGCUCUGUUGACCUCUCAAAAUUAGUGCCCAGAGCAGGGACCACAGGGAUGAUUUUUCUAUUAAAAAAUAAUUGGAACCAAUUCACGUUCAGGCCAAAAACAAAUUGUUCCCAUGCCUAUGUAUUUUAAAUGUUAACUUUGCCUAAAAAUACUGCAGUGACUUUAGGCAGGAGUGCCAAAGGACACCGUGACCUUGUCAAACUAGCAUAGUUUCUCCUAACCUUCUGCUCUAGCUUAAUCACUCGAGUAUGGAAGAGAGCCCCACAAAGUUAUCAGAGGCUAUGGCCACCAUCCUCUAGUUUUUCUAAGAACCUUUGAGUCCCCUAAACCGUGUAGAGGCUACUAAGUUCUGUAGGCACUAGAAGUCACUGUGAUAGAUGGAUUGAAAUUGUUCCUAUUUGCCAUGGGACAAUUUCUAUCAAAGGAAGGUUUUCGCCUCUGGACAGCCCCCUGAGCUCCCAGCCAAACAGGCCUGUGCUAACUGUCCACCAUCCUCUCUCAAACUAUCUUAGGAAGGAGCUUCAGGCUAGGUCAGUCACAGUAAUGGCUUUCUCGCUGUCUUGUCCCUUGAUUCUUCACCAGGCCCAACAGUUGUCUGCAUUUAAUGCUAUUUGUAACCAUGCAUCUGUUUCCAUGCCUUCCCCCACUUCCUGCUGCCCACACCUGUUGCCUUUGUGUUUCUUUGCACUGUGGCUGUUCCCAAAUUCUGGUCUAGUCAAAGCUCUUCUAUAAUCUCACUCUAAUGGUUGUUUAACAAUUGUUCUGUGAGUGGUAAUUUCCCCCUUGCUUUAAUGCUUCUUCUCUUUUAAAAAAUACGUGCAUUCCCUUUGAAAUAAAGCAUUCCUGGAUUACUUGUUAGUGCUGGUGCUUGAGGCUGGCUGUGGUAGCCUGGGUGACUCUUGUUCAGGUUGUAGAAUAACUAACAUUUUACCUUUUUUAUGAUUCAACUGAAGGGCACUUCUGUCUGCUCCAAUUUCAAUUCCUUGGUAUAUACUCAGUGCAUCCUAGCAAGGAAGGCUUUCUACUCCACUGGCUCCCUAAGAAGAAAAAGUAGGUUAAAUUUUACACUUCGAUGACUGGGGUCUCCUUUCUCCCCUGUACCCUCGCCACCCAACUGAGGUAAAAAUCCGAUACCAAGAAAAACACUGGGAUCAAGCCUUCCUUGCUAGCCAUGCCCUAAUACUGAGCAUAUUUUUAUGUGGUCUUCACUGCAUUUGGUUUUGUUUCUGACUUCAUAUUCCUUUGAGGUACAGUCAGAUGAAAUGCUGAAUUUCAUGUAAGUUCCAGUGAGGAGCUGCCUUUCAGCUUUGGGAAAUAUGCAUCCAAAACAAAACCAAAUAUUAUAAUCGACAAAUUGACACAGGCAAAAUUUAUGGUUCCCACCCCCAAAUGAAACUGGGGAUUUUGAACGUGGCUCUAAGAGUUAACAUUUCUGUGUGUUGUGUAUGCUAGGUGAUACCCUCAGUAGGACUGACUACUAGACUGUAAGUGUGUUUUAUCAAAGUGUGUCAGAAUAAAAACUCACUUGCACGAAUUGAAAAGUACAGAAAUGACACUUGUGAACGCGUGAACGUUAACACUGUAGUUGAUAGAUCUUAAGCUGCUAAUUGUUGAGAGAGAAUUACAUUUAUUGUUUUGUCUGGUUGCUGCAUAUUCUCAGCAGCACUUUUACUGUACAUACAAAUUGAAAUAAAGACCUCAGCUAUUAACGAG